CUUAAUAUGAACCGACGUGAUUUGUGAGCUUGCUUACCAUGCCUCUGUAAGAGUCUCUGAGUUUCCGUCGUUUGAUGGAACGUGUGGAAUCAAGUGUGAAAUGUCCCCGGGCCUACGGGUUGAACUCAAUUUCCCUACAGCAGAAGCUGCAGAUAAUUCAAAUAUCUCUUGUGGAUACAAUCUCCGACCUUCGGGAAGUGUUUCUUCCCUUUUUUCAUCGUGUACAGCAUCAAAGAGCGAAUUGGUUACCAAUCGGGAGUAUAGCUGGAGGUGCUGGCUCUUUGUUGGGAACUAAGGAACUCAACAAAAUGAUUCCGAGUAACAACAUAGAUAUUCAGGUUGUUACUUGGAAUAUGUCAUCAGCGAAACCUCAGUAUUACCCAGAAGAUUUGGGGGAUCUCUUCUUCAGUGGGUCCUCUGAAGAAGCUGCAAGUAUUUAUGCCAUUUGUAUACAGGAAUGUUCGUCAGACAAAAAUGAACUUCUUAUUCGACUACAAGCAGCUAUUGGCAUCAAACAUGUUCUAUUUACGUAUGCAACUCAUGGGACGUUGGCUUUAAUGAUAUUUUUAAAUCGUGACCUAAUAUGGUAUACUUCAGUGCCUCAAUCCGUUGGAGUUACAACUACAGCUGCUGUAAGAACUAAAGGAGCAGUAGCUGUCUGCUUUAUACUUUUUGGGACAUCAAUUUUAUUCCUUUCUGCUCAUUUCAAAGCUAGUCACACAAAUUUUGAACGUAGGGUUCAGGAUUACUUACAAGUAGUGGAUAGUAUUAAUCUACCGAAAAUUGGUUUCAACAAAGGAUAUAAAUAUAAUGAACCUAAUCCAAUGGAUCGGUUUGAUGUUGUAUUAUGGGCAGGAGAUUUAAAUUUUCGAAUACAACGACCAAGACAUAUCGUGGAGAAUAUAAUUAACGGAAAAAGUAAACAUAGAAACUAUGAAGAACUUCUAUCAGCAGAUGAAUUAUUAAAUGCUCAAGCGGAGGGUGUAAUUUUCCGGAAUUUCAAUGAAGGCCGUAUUCGUUUUCCUCCAACUUAUAAAUAUGACCUUAAUUCUGAUGUCUACGACUCGUCAGAUAAACAGAGAGUUCCGUCAUACACAGACAGGAUACUGUUUAUGUCGAAACGAAAAGAAAGUUUAAUCUGUUUGGACUAUAAUUGCAUCAAUACAAUACGUUCAUCAGAUCAUAGACCUGUAUUCGCACUGUUCAGUCUACUUUUAAAACCUGGAUCUGAUAACAUUGCACUAGCCGCUGGUGCAUUCAAUCGAGAUAUAUUCAUAGCAGGUAAUCAACGUCGAGCUCUACGGCUUGAUAAACUUAAAGCAAGAAAAUCUACAGUUCAUGCCAAAGUCUGCAGUAUUCAGUAGCCUUUUCUAACCAAAUAUCAUUACAAGUGUAUAUAAUCUAAAGGCUCAGACAAACUAUUUAAUGAAACUGGUCUGCCUUCAAUCAACAUCUGAGUUAUUUUCUUCGUGCUGUGGAAGUUCUUUUUAAUUUCCCUCUAUUUUUAUGGAAAAUAAAACGAGUAUCCUACUAUGAGUAGCCAUUUUGUUUGCAAUAAAUCCAAUCAAUAUCAAGACACUUCAACCAACAGUGAGUGGAGAAAACGAUAAGCUAUAUUCAGCGCAUGUAUCUCCAGAUUCUUUUGUCCCUUUUGAUAUUUCUCUGCUGUAAGCUUUUAUUCAUGUGGUUACAAUUUUUAAAUCUCCUACAACAUAAGUUCUAACGACUUUGACUAAAAAAGGAAAGUCAUAUUUACAAAAGAUAAACUGGAACUAUGUAAAUAGACACUAGUAGUUAUGAACAUCUCCCAGUUACUCCGAAACCGAAUAGUUUGUUUGCUACCUGUCCACAAACUAUCAUAUGCAUUUACGUGCACUAUUACACUACACACAUCGAUUUAAGAUUAUGUAUACUAGCUUCACCCUUUACUCUAAACUGAUAAACAUCCCACAUCAUAUUGUUUAUUCUUGGAGGUAAACACGUUCGUAUUACAUUUAUUGAGUCUUACGAAAGCUGAAGUAGAUUAGAAUGAAACCUAAGAGUUAGCCGUUAACACUGUAUUUCGACGUUUCCACCAGCCAGUGACCAAUGCUAAUUUG